AACACCUCUCAUCCAUACAGGAUUUCGGAAUCAUCUAAAUAUCGUGCUGAAAAGAGAGGUGGUGCUCGGGCUUUUAAACAUGGGUUCCCUCUCUACAGUGCUUUUGUUGAUUCUUGCUGGAUUUUCAGUUUUUGGGGCAGAGGCUGCUACAAAGCAGUACAAGUUCGACGUGCAAGUGAAGAAUGUAAGCAGGUUGUGUCAUGCAAAAUCCAUAGUGACAGUGAAUGGGAGGUUUCCGGGGCCAACUAUCUAUGCCAGAGAAGGUGACAGGGUGGUGGUUAAUGUCACCAAUUAUGCUCAAUACAAUUUGACCAUUCAUUGGCAUGGAGUGAAGCAGUUGAGAAAUGGGUGGGCUGAUGGACCAGCUUACAUAACUCAAUGCCCGAUACAGAGCGGCCAAACUUACAAUUACGACUUCAAUAUUACGGGCCAAAGAGGGACCCUAUGGUGGCACGCACACAUUUUCUGGCUCAGAGCAACCAUUUAUGGUGCUAUUGUCAUCAUGCCGAAGCCCGGCACACCAUAUCCAUUCACACAACCUGAUUUGGAGAUGAAUCUUGUUUUAGGAGAAUGGUGGAACUCGGACGUGGAAAAUGUAGUGAAUCAGGCCAACCAACUGGGAGUGCCGCCUCCAAGCUCUGACGCUCACACCAUUAACGGGAAACCGGGGCCACUCUUCCCAUGUUCCGAGAAGCACACCUUUGUAAUGGAGGUCGAAUUCGGCAAGACAUACCUGCUGAGGAUCAUCAACGCCGCCCUCAAUGAUGAGCUCUUCUUUGGGAUAGCUAACCACAACAUGACGGUGGUUGAGAUUGAUGCAGUGUAUUGCAAACCCUAUUCCACCAAUGCCCUCCUCAUUGCACCUGGCCAAACCACCAAUGUCUUAGUAAAGGCAAAUCAGGCACCCGGUCGCUACUUCAUGGCCGUUCGCCCCUUCAUCGAUGUCCCCAUACCAAUUGACAACAAAAUGGCCACGGCCAUCUUCCAAUAUAAAGGAAUUCCAAACACUGUUCUACCUUUAUUGCCUCAACUGCCAUUGUCUAAUGACACAAACUUCGUGAAAAUCUUCAAUGACAAUUUGAGAAGCCUAAAUUCACCUCAGUUCCCUGCAAAUGUGCCCCCAAAGGUAGACCGCCAUCUCCUCUACACGAUCGGGCUUGGCCAGAACCCAUGCUCUACUUGCCUUAAUGGAACCCAGUUUACGGCUUCCAUUAACAAUAUUACCUUUGUUAUGCCCCAAACCGCGCUGCUUCAAGCUCAUUACUCUAAGAUUAAUGGUGUUUUCACCACUGAUUUUCCGGAUAGGCCGGUGAAAUCAUUCAAUUACACAGGUGCUCCUCUUACUGCAAACCUCGGGACCUCUCUUGGUACUAGGCUUAGCAAGCUUAAGUUCAACACGAGUGUUGAGCUGGUACUUCAAGAUACAAACUUGCUAACUGUGGAGUCUCAUCCCUUCCAUCUCCAUGGAUUCAACUUCUUUGUGGUUGGAAGAGGGGUUGGGAACUUUGAUCCUGCCAAGGACCCUGCCAAAUUUAACCUUGUGGAUCCUCCUGAGAGGAACACAGUUGGUGUUCCAACUGGAGGCUGGGCGGCCAUCAGAUUUAGGGCUGACAAUCCAGGUGUGUGGUUCAUGCAUUGUCACCUAGAGGUUCACACUACUUGGGGAUUGAAGAUGGCGUUCGUGGUGGAGGAUGGAAAGGGGCCCCAACAAUCGGUUGUUUCACCUCCAAAGGACCUUCUUCCUUGCUAAAGAAAAAGGAAAAGGAAAAGUUUGUUUGUUUUAUUAUUUUGGUUAAAAGAUGGCCAAAGAAGGCCUUUCCCUUUCCUGCAGAAUGGCAGGGAGGUGUUCCAGGAAAUUGAUUUCCAUCAAAAGGUUUGAGAUUGUUUUUGUGGGUCUGAGAGAAGCCCUAAUUUGUAAAAUGUAAAUAAUUCCUAUCAAGGAAAUUCAAGCGUUCAUUUAAUUUGUGAGGCUUAUGUUAUGUUAUUUUCUUCAUUAAAUGUUAGUUUUCACCAUAA